AUGUCAGGCAACCCCCAAUCAUCGAAGACGACUGGCACUGGCAUUAUACAAGUCAUUGAACCGUCAUUCUCCGCUAUUUCACCCUAUCUCAUUACAUGUCCUCCAUAUGGCGACCCAGUCAACCCCGACAUCAACAUGGACAGAAAAGACUGCCCUAGUUACAAUGCCAACUAUCUCCAGGCGGCGAUCUGGAACUCACUGCCUGACGAAGCACCAUCUUUGAUCGGCAAAGAGUUGCGGGCCAUCUUCUUCAAAGAAACGGCCCUCUACCUACGCAGUGUCGAGCCUUAUAGCCUGGGAUGGCGUCGAGGUGGACUGUUGACAACUACCAAUGAGCCAAGCCUGUCUAAGCAAUGGUUCGCGGCAGCAGACACAAUCGAAUACCUGAACAAACAAAUCAUGGCUUACUUCGAGCCGACAUCAGUCACUAGCGUUGAAGGUGAUAGGCUUGGCCGCUAUGUGUAUCGCGAAUGGCUUCGUUUAUAUGACGGACGGCCGCCCUUCCAGCGGCAUUGCUUCUUUGCCAAGGCCGUUCAAAUUGGCGAGAAAGGGCCUCGAAACCUGGAGGAACUCACGGCAUUCCACAAGGCUUUUUGUGGAGUGAUAUUAGCUCACCUGGGCGACAUGGUCGAUUUCUAUCCCGAGUUUGAUCAAGAAAUGGGAAUGAACCCUUUGGCUGAGAGAUCGGCACUCUUCGGUCCCAGGCCAAGCCAGCGGGUGCAGUCGUGGCGAAAUCACGGCCAUACCAUGUGUCAUCUUUUUCGGGCGCUAGAUAUGGUUGUCGACGAUCAGUCUCUAUCAGAAGCUAGAGGGCCAUCUCGUGCCCGACGUGAGCGCGAGGAUGUGGCUCGCUACUUGAAAGGGAUCAUGACCGUAGGCUGCCACAAUACACAGUUAUACGUGUCAAGUUGGAAACUGCCGUACGCUUUGUGCGGGAGUUGUUACGCAAAGAAGAAAGCUCUUUAA